AUGUUCUCUCCGCCCACCGUCGCCGUCGAAGAAGAAAGACAGACCCACUAUCGUCGCCGCCGCCUUUUCCCCUUCCUCCUCCGAACGGCGUCUCUCUCUCGCUGGUCUCUCUCUCUCUCGUCAUCUCUCCGUGAACCUCCGCCGCUUUUCUCGCUUGAGCGAAGCCACUCGCCGUCAACCGUCGCCGUUUCUUACCGCCUGAGCGAAUGGCAGCUCUCUCUCUGCUCCAAUGGAUCUACGCGCUUCUGCUCGCCUGAGCAAAGCUACUCACCGUUAACCUUUUCCGCCUCUCACUCGCCAUUCACCACCGUCUCCUCUCUCUUAUCUUUCACCAUUCUCACCUGA